GGCGCCGCACGCGCUGCUGCCAAAAGUUCAUACUAGUCGCCAAAGCUUCCUUCCUUUUUUUGAGUCGCCGCUGCCACCGCCAAGGGACGAGGCAGCCACCGCUUCCACUGCCAAGGGACGGGUCAGGUGCCGCUGCCACCGCCAAAGGGACGGAGCGGGCGCCGCUCGACCGUUCCCCUUUCCGAGUCUCCGUUGCGCUGGAACCUCAAAACAGCCAAGCGACGGGCUAGGUGGAGACGAGCGAUUCUCGAGCACUGGAAGCGGCGAGUAGUGAUGCAAUGACUGCUCCGAAGAAUUAGUCUACAUACUAUUAUGCUUUUCAACUUGCCAAAAAUCACGACGCCAAUCGGAGUACGCUUCAUCUCUGGUGCAAAUGCAGCAUGCUUUGGUCGAAAUGCUUCUCCUAUUCAUUUCGCUGCCCUGUUGAAGGAAUGCAGGUCUGUGAAUGCAGUUCGGCAAGUUCACCAGCAGCUAAUUGCUUCGGGUCUUCUCUCUUAUCCAGCAUCUUUGUUGGCAGUGUCAUUUCCACCGUUGCCAUCUGAACCAUUUGUAUCACCAAAAUCUUUGGGUACUGGUGUUGUAGCUGCUUAUCUUGCCUGUGGCUCUACAAAUGAGGCUCUCUCAGCGUUGGAGCAUGUUACACCAUCACCACCUGUCUGGUGGAACCUACUCAUCCGACAACACAUCAAAGAGGGCCACCUUGACCAUGCAAUUGCGAUAUCUUGUCGCAUGCUGCGUGCUGGAACCAGGCCAGACCAUUUUACUCUGCCGCAUGUACUAAAAGCCUGUGGAGAGCUACCUUCGUACCGAUGUGGUAUCACAUUCCACGGAGUUAUAUGUCGCAAUGGCUUUGACUCGAAUGUCUUUAUAUGCAAUGCACUGGUGGCGAUGUAUGCCCGUUGUGGUUCACUUGAGGAAGCCAGUCUGGUGUUUGAGGAAAUAACUAUGAAGGGAAUUGAUGAUGUUAUCUCAUGGAAUUCAAUUGUUGCGGCCCAUGCUAAACAUAAAAAUCCAUGGACUGCGCUGGAUAUGUUCUCGAGAAUGGCAAUGAUUGUCCACGAGAAGGCUACAAAUGACAGGUCUGACAUCAUUAGCAUUGUGAACAUUCUUCCUGCAUGUGCUUCUCUAAAGGCACUGCCUCAAACUAGAGAAAUUCAUGGCCAUGCCAUCCGACAUGGUACAUUUCCAGAUGCUUUUGUAGGCAAUGCUCUGGUUGAUACUUAUGCAAAAUGUGGUUCGAUGAAGGAUGCAGUAAAGGUUUUCAAUAUGAUGGAAUUCAAAGACGUUGUCUCUUGGAAUGCAAUGGUGACUGGGUAUUCCCAAAGUGGGAACUUUGAGGCGGCCUUUGAGAUGUUCAAGAAUAUGCGCAAGCAAAAUAUUGCAUUAGACGUGGUGACCUGGACCGCUGUAAUUGCCGGGUAUGCUCAGAGAGGAUGCGGCCAAGAGGCUCUCAAUAUUUUCCGACAAAUGGUUUUUUCUGGGUCAGAGCCAAAUUCUGUUACAAUCAUCUCUUUGUUGUCUGCUUGUGCUUCCUUGGGAGCAUGUUCUCAUGGUAUGGAAACUCACGCCCACUCUUUGAAGAAUGGUCUUCUAUCUUUGGAUAAUCAUUUUGGUGGUGAUGGUGAUGAUGAGGAUCUCAUGGUGCACAAUGCAUUAGUAGAUAUGUACUCAAAGUGCAGAAUCUUCAAAGCUGCGCGUUCCAUAUUUGAUUCUAUACCCCGGAAGGAACGUAAUGUAGUGACUUGGACUGUUAUGAUAGGUGGGUAUGCACAGUAUGGGGACUCAAACGAUGCCCUCAUUCUUUUCUCAGAGAUGACCUCGAAACCAUACCCAGUUGCCCCAAAUGCAUUUACAAUUUCCUGCGCCCUGAUGGCCUGUGCACAUCUGUCAGCCCUGCGUAUGGGUAAGCAGAUUCAUGCUUAUCUGGUUCGUCAACAUCGAUAUGAAGCAUCUACAUACUUCGUGGCAAACUGUCUUAUUGAUAUGUACUCAAAGUGUGGUGAUGUCAGUACAGCUAGGUAUGUGUUUGAUGGCAUGCCUCGAAGGAAUGCCAUUUCUUGGACAUCAAUGAUGACAGGAUACGGAAUGCAUGGUCGUGGUAAUGAGGCCCUGGAGAUAUUUGACAAGAUGCAAAGGGCAGGCUUUGCUCCUGAUGAUAUAUCAUUCCUGGUUGUUCUAUAUGCUUGCAGCCAUUCUGGAAUGGUCGAUCGAGGCCUGGCAUACUUUGACAGCAUGAGUAAAGACUAUGGUGUGGCCGCAUGUGCAGAGCAUUAUGCUUGUGUUAUUGACUUGCUGGCCCGCUCUGGGCGAUUAGAUAAGGCAUGGAGUAUUGUUAAGGACAUGCCAAUGGAACCUACAGCAGUAGUCUGGGUCGCAUUACUUAGUGCCUGUAGAGUACAUUCAAAUGUGGAACUUGCUGAAUAUGCUCUUAGCAAGCUAGUUGAGAUGAAUGCAGAGAAUGAUGGAUCUUACACACUCAUCUCCAACAUAUAUGCUAAAGCGGGGCGCUGGAAGGAUGUAGCCAGAAUCAGAAACCUGAUGAAAAACUCAGGUAUUAAGAAAAGACCUGGCUGUAGUUGGGUCCAGGGCAAGAAAGGAACUGCAUCAUUCUUUGUUGGAGAUAGAUCGCAUUCUCUAUCCCCUCAGAUUUAUGCUCUUCUGGAGAGCUUGAUUGAUCGCAUCAAAUCCAUGGGUUAUGUCCCUGAGACAGAUUUUGCACUGCACGAUGUUGAUGAUGAGGAGAAAAAUAACCUUCUUGUUGAGCACAGCGAGAAGCUUGCUCUCGCAUAUGGCCUCCUCACAACUUCCCCUGGUACUCCAAUAAGGAUCACAAAGAACUUGCGAGUUUGUGGUGAUUGCCACACUGCGUUCACGUACAUCUCAAAGAUUGUUGACCAUGAGAUCAUUGUGCGGGAUCCCAGUCGUUUCCAUCAUUUUAAGAAUGGCUCGUGUUCUUGUGGUGGCUAUUGGUGACUAUUUCUAUUGGGGAAGUAACAAAGGCUGAAGCAUAAGCUAACAGUGUGCUGCAGUUGGUUUUCCUACACAUAAAGUAACUUGUAAUUCUUUGCAACUGAUUAACCACUCAAAGACGAAAGUUUCUGAUUUUAUGCCAGUGCUAUUUUCCUUAUAAAUUUUGCAAUUAUUUCAUGAGAUAUCACCUGUAGAGUGUUUACGUUCGUUUCACGUCUUUAUUUGUAAUGCUGAUUUUAUUAAUGAAAUGAUUCUAAUUAAAGUU